AUGAAUAUUCAAAGCAAUAACCCUCCGAAUGUCAGUAAUAACAUAGUGUCAAAACAGGUUUACUACGCCCAUCCUCCGCCCACGAUAGACCCGAAUGAUCCGGUGCAGAUAUCCUUCCCUACCACCGAGGUAGUCGGGCAUGGUUCGUUUGGGGUGGUAUUCGCUACUGUAAUUCAAGAAACUAGUGAGAAAGUUGCUAUUAAGAAAGUUCUACAGGAUAAACGGUUCAAGAACAGAGAACUGGAAAUAAUGAAAAUGCUGAGCCACCUAAAUAUAAUAGAUCUGAAGUACUUUUUCUAUGAAAGGGACUCACAAGACGAGAUCUAUUUAAAUUUGAUAUUAGAAUACAUGCCGCAGUCUUUAUACCAAAGAUUACGCCAUUUCGUCCAUCAACGUACGCCGAUGUCAAGAUUAGAAAUAAAAUACUACAUGUUUCAAUUGUUCAAGUCAUUGAAUUAUCUCCAUCAUUUUGCUAACGUCUGCCAUAGAGAUAUUAAGCCGCAAAAUUUAUUAGUAGAUCCUGAAACCUGGUCCCUAAAACUGUGCGAUUUUGGUAGUGCAAAACAACUGAAACCUACUGAACCUAACGUUUCCUAUAUUUGUUCGCGGUAUUAUAGAGCGCCAGAGCUAAUCUUUGGCGCAACAAAUUAUACCAACCAAAUCGAUAUAUGGUCUUCUGGGUGCGUAAUGGCAGAACUGCUAUUAGGCCAGCCAAUGUUCCCUGGAGAAAGUGGUAUCGAUCAACUAGUGGAAAUUAUUAAGAUCUUAGGCACUCCGUCAAAGCAAGAAAUUUGCUCUAUGAAUCCAAACUAUAUGGAGCAUAAAUUCCCACAAAUUAAACCAAUACCAUUGUCACGCGUUUUCAAGAAAGAAGAUGACCAAACCGUGGAAUUUUUGAGUAACGUUUUAAAAUACGACCCGUUGGAAAGGUUUAAUGCUCUACAAUGUUUAUGCAGCCCAUAUUUUGAUGAAUUGAAACUGGAUGAUGGUAAAAUAAAUCAAAUAACCACUGAUUUAAAAUUGCUAGAGUUCGAUGAAAAUGUCGAAUUGGGCCAUCUAUCUCCAGAUGAACUAUCAUCUGUAAAAAGAAAGCUGCUUCCCAGGUCUAAGUAA